UCACAAAUAUGCUAAAUAUUAUAGUUUAUUCAUUAAUAUAAUUCGAUAUAAUUUUUUUAUAGAAAUGUUUUAUAUUUUAUCAAGAUAUAUCAAUUUGUGUGAACGAAAUACACAAAAAAUUUUUAAUUUUACAAAUAUUAGAAAAAAUUCAUUAUGGUGGAAAUGCCAAGAAUCAACAAUAGGAUAUAAUCACAAGAAUAAGAUAUCUUGUUAUAAAAUAAAUACGCCUUUAAAAUAUCAUACAUCAAAUAAGGUACGACGACUUGUCGAUUCGUUCAAUGAUGAAAGAAACAAAUUAAUGACCGUAUGGCCCAAUAUUGUUAAUGAAUUGACAAAAGAUAAUAAUGAAGAAUUAUUAGACGUUAACAAAUGGAUAACAGAGGUAUUAGAAUAUAAUGUUCCGAAAGGAGGAAAACGAAGAUCAGUAUCGUUUGUAAUUGCAUGUAAAUUGCUGACAUCUCAAAAUCAAUUAACAGAAGAAAAUACUCGUUUAGCUCAUAUCUUAGCCUGGUGUAUAGAAAUAAUGCAAGCAGUUCACACAAUGGCAGAUGAUAUUUUAGAUCAUGCAAAUAUGCGACGAAAUCAACCAGCCUGGCAUGUAAAAAUUGGAUUAUUUGCAGUUAAUGAUAUUUUACUUAUAGAAACAUGUAUAUACAAACUUAUUCAGAAAUAUUUUAAAUCGAAAAAUUGUUAUGGAGAUAUCAUGAAUACAUUCUUGAAAUAUCAUAGAAAAGCAGGCUAUGGUGAAUGUUUAGACAUAUUGACAUCGACAGAUUGGAAAAAAAAUUUUAAUUUUGAUCUUUUUUCUAUGGACCGAUACAAUACUAUAAUAAAAUAUAAAACAUCUUAUUUUUCAUUUGUACUUCCAUUCAUUCUUGCUAUGCGUUUCACUAACAUAAUUGAUCCAGAAAUAUAUAAACAAGCAGAAAAAAUUUUGCUAAAUAUAGGACAUCUUUUCCAAGUACGAGAUGAUUAUUUAGAUUGUUACGGUAAACGUGAUGUCAUAGGGAAAAGUGGAACUGAUAUACAAGAAGGAAAAUGUACAUGGCCUUUAGUGGUUGCAUUGCAGCGAGCUACAGCUAAACAAAAAAAAAUUUUAAAAGAAUGUUAUGGAAUAGCUGAUGAAGAAAAAGUAAAACGUGUGAAAGAAAUUUAUGAAGAGAUUGGUAUAUCAAAUAUUUAUUUUGAUUACGAAGAAGAAACACAUAAUUUAUUGAACACAUAUACGGAGCAAUUAUCUUCGAAACUUCCAACUGAAUACUUUUUAUACUUACUUGCUACAUCAUGCAGUAAAGUAGGACGAAAAGAUUAGUUGUAUAAGUUUAUAUUAAUUGUAUUAGUUGUAUGAAAAACGAACACAUCCAGAAAUUGCUAAAAUAAUUUCAAAUAAUAUUCCUAUGUAAAAAUUUUUAUUACUUUCUGUUAUUAACGAAUUAUUAACGAAAAAUAUUUUGAUUGAAUUUAGACAUAAAGAUAGUGUUGACUAUGUGCCGCCAACUAAGAAACAAAUUGAAAGUACAUAUUACAUAUAAUAAAGAUUUUUUAUUAAUAAAAAAUACAUUUAGAAUAAAAAAUAAACAAUUAUACAUGAAUUACAUUGAAUUAAAAAAAAUUGAUCAAAUAAGUAGAUAAAAUCAGACAUUGGAAAUCUUUUUUUUGGAUAUCUUUUCUUAACAUUGAUGGUAUUUUGAUAUAUUGAAUAUAUAUCAUUGAUAUAUGUUCUUAUUCUUGACAGAUUUGCGUAAUACUAAACUGCUUACAGAUAAAACAUCAAAAAAUAACACAUACGAAGGCAAUAUAUCGUCAAAUCAAUUGCAUUUAUCAUUCAGUUCACUGCAACAAUUAAUUGUAAUCACUUGUAAUAGCACAUAGUUAAUCAAAACGUUUUAAGUAAUUUAUAUUUUGACAACGUGAUUAAUCAGUUUUUUUUUAUUAAUAAUUCGUUAGUAAAUUUAAU